AUUAAUCUCUUCAUGGUACAGGUUACGUCCACGUGUUUUUAAAAACAAGAGAACAAAUAGUUUCAAAUCGUUUUCAUCUUUUCGUGUGGACGUCAAAAACGACCCAGAAACGACGCAGAUUUUUUAGAAAAGGCCAAAAUAAUUAGGUCUGAAAUGGUAUCUUGGGCAGGGACAAACAGCUUGACGCAAUAUAAUAUUUAUUAUUUUACAGAAGUGGUGCGUUAGGUAAUGGUGAUUAUUUGAUCACAAUUCCGAGAGUUUUUCGUGCUGGUGAAAAUGUCAAGCUGGGAAUAAAUAUUUUUGGUACUGUAUCCUGUGAUGUGGAGGUCAGACUGUACGGUUCAUCCUUCAAUGUCGUCAGGAGCCGCGCUAGAGGUCAUUUUAAACCAAAUGAAGCCGGAACACUGGAGCUUCAGGUACCUAAAGGAUUAUCUCUUGCAAAGGUUGAAGCUACAGUGUGUGGAGUUAGAACAAUGAGAAAAGCAGUUUCGUACAAAGCUUCUCCGCUAAAGAAAGUCUUCAUUCAAACCGAUAAACCAAUUUAUAAACCUGGACAAAAAGGUUUUUCAGAAUUCUUGCUUCUUCGUUGGAGAGAAUACAAUCUGUAAAAUUCAUACAAUUAGCUGAGAGGUGAUAAUUAGGAAGAAAAAAAAGAAAUGAAAAGUAAUCUUAUCAUUUAAGCGUUCUUUUAUGCUGAAAUGAGGCCCGCUGGACCUAAGGUUUCCUCGGUGAUAAUUCAGGAACCAAGUGGUUCCAAGAUUAUGCAAUGGACCGAUGUUCAACUACAAGACGGUGUCGGUAGUUUGGAACUUCAGCUGUCAAAAGAGCCAGUUCUGGGUAAAUGGCUUAUCAAAGUAACCUUUGAGCGAAAGACGGUGACAAAAGCUAUCGAAAUUGACAAGUAUGUUCUUCCUAAAUUUGAACUGGACAUAAAGCCACCAGCAUACUUUGCAUUGGAUCAACGGGAAAUUGUUUUUACAAUAUGUGCGAGGUAUACUUACGGGAAAUUUGUUACUGGUCGACUGGAAACAACAUUGUGUCUCAAGAACAACCAAGUGGAACAAAAUUGUUUGAAAGAAACCAAAAAUGUACGUACAUGUAGCAAAAGAAGGCGCUAA